UCUCAAUUAACUCGUUUUACUUGCUUAUGUAACCAAGACAUUUUGGGCUAUCUGCUCCCCACUGCCACUCAUAAGCGCCGCCAUGUUUGCGCUCCGGUUACCAACAGCAUCCGACCUGAAACACGCUCUAAACAGGAACCUUUAUAUAGCUGGGAGCCGCAAACAUCGGAGCACCAUAGAGAUCAGGGAGCUGCAAAAUAACAGCCACACAAAUAAUAAGAUGAGUGAAGUUUCUGUGGACGCCGUCACUCUUGAUCUGUUGAGAGAAGCCAGAGAGACGGUGAGGAGCAGCCCGCUGGGUGUCAUCAACACUCCCAUGAUCCCCUGGUGUCAGACCACCCUGCCGCUCAGCAUCAACUGCAACAUCCACAUCAAACUGGAAAACCUGCAGAGAACUGGGUCUUUUAAGAUCAGAGGAGUAGCCAAUCAGUUCGCCAGGAGACCGAGGGGCGGCCAUUUUGUCACCAUGUCAGCAGGGAACUAUGGAAAAUCUUUUGCAUACGCAUCAAAACACUACGGAUCGAAGGGCAAGGUGGUGAUGCCAGAAACUGCACCUGAGUCCAGAUCUAUCCUGAUACAGAGUUUCGGCGUGGAGGUGGAGCGAGUCCCAACAUCCUGCCUGAUGAACGUGGUGAACCGUUGUGUUCAGGAGGACAACAUGACCUUCCUGCACUCCUACGACGACCUGGAUCUCAUUGCCGGACACGCCAGCCUCGGUAUGGAGCUGCUGGAGGUGAUGCCUGAGCCUGACGUGGUGGUGGUGUGCUGUGGAGGAGGAGGGCUGCUGGCCGGAGUAGCUGCUGCCAUCAAACUGUCGGGUUGUGAUAAAACCAGGAUCUACGGCGUGGAGCCAGAAGGAGCCUGCACGAUGUACAAGAGCUUCAUUGAGAAGAAGCCAGUAGGGAUGGACGCCAAGAGUGUCGCUUCAGGGCUCGCACCACCUUUCGCAGGCAAACUGCCCUUUGAGCUGUGCCAGCGCUACGUGGAGGAGAUCGUCCUGGUUAGCGAUGACGAGAUCAAGUCGGCGGUGUCAACCCUCUACAGGUCUGGACUCGUAGUCGAACCAUCAGGCUCUGCUGCCUUCGCUGCCAUCGUUAACGACAAGAUAUCCGAACUGGAGGAGAAGAAUGUCGUAUGCAUCCUCAGCGGAGGAAACAUCGGGAAAGACGAGCUUGCAGACUUUCCAAACUGACAAAUUCACACAACUAUAGUGUGAUUUCUUGCAAGUCUGUGCCAAUAUGACUUAUGGUUAAUUGUAUGUUUUGUGUCUUGGAGUGUCUCUGUGAUUCAAUGCUGAGCCUAAAGUCAGAGUUUUCAAUGUCAGGCAGGUGUCUCUUGUUUAGCCUCCUAGAUCACCAUGGUAACUGAUGCUAAUCUCUUCAGAGUUUUCGAUUUAAUUCAGCUGUAAGAAGCAUCUCCCUUUCACCAGUUCUUUUUCUGAUCAUAUUUUCUGAGCAACUCAUAUUCUUAACUGAGGGAAUAUCUGCAGACCUGUUGAGCUGCAUGUUAGCAGAAGUUAAAGUCGGCAAACUGAAUAUGAAUCUACAUGGAUUCAGUUGAUGAUGCAGAACAUGCGUAAGUUAGUUUUCAUGCUUGGUCUUUGUUUGAUGCAAAGUCCAUUUUAAACUACUGGUACUGCAGCUAGUAUACACAGAUUAGAAAUUUGACUUGUUUAUUGUCUUUAGCACAGAAAAUAAUCAAUCAGUAAUAAUAAUAAUAUUGCUUUGAUUUGAGUUUGACCAAAAACUAAAGCAAUAACCACAUAUCUUGCAUUACAGGACUGUCAGACCCAAAUGCACACCAAUUUUAAUUUUCUUCAUAGCUCUCCAUUGUAGCAAAGUGUUCGUCUUGACUCAGAUAUGCAGCACACAGUUAAUCCAUUUUUUGCUGAAAGGAGUCAAAUGUUUCAGAAGGUUUUGUUUCAGUUCGGUUUUGUUGAGCCAGCUAACAGAAAGAAAGCUUGGCUAUGUUGCUUCCUAGUACAGCCCUCCACUUUUCUAAGUAGGAAAAACAUAUGUGUUUUGAAUGUGGUGAUGGAAUAAGUAUCUCUGAACUAUGAUGUGAAAUGUCACUGUUUUUCUUAGACUAGACACUUUUUAAAAAGCCUUAAACAUGCAACAAAUCAAGCAGACCCAUUUCGGUGUAAUUUUCUCCAGUGUAUGCAGAUGCAGCCUCUGGAUUCUAUUAUUAUUACCUUGAUUAUAUUGAAUAUGCAGAAUAAAAUCAACUGAAACAAUGA